AUGAAUAAUUAUAGACAAAAACCUGUUAAAUUAUUAGAAAGACGAGCGAGAAAUGCUGCAAUGUAUCCGCGCAUUAUUAAUCAAAAAAAUAAUGCAGUUUAUAUGAUUCAACAGCAACCAGGGAAGGUUCUUAUUCCCGCACCUUAUAAAAGAGUAAUUGGUGGUAAUUUUGGCUCUUAUGGUGCAGUAGUUGUACGUGGUCCUAUGGAUUUUAAUCCUGCAUUACUUGCUGGUUUACGUGGAAAUCCUGGCAUUAAAGUUCGACUUAACCAACGUGCAUUCCAGUAUGCAAGUGAAUUGGCUGCAAUGAUUAUUAAUCGUGAAGUGGUUCGUGCUGAAAUACCUGACAUAAAUCAAAAAUUGAAUGAGCUCAGUAUUGAGAUAUCAAUUUGUAAUUUGUAUAUAUCACAUUAUCGACCACCAGAAUGCGUAGAAAUCCGUCCUAUGGAACCAAAUUAUCUUGUAAUAAAAAUUGAAAAUUUUGACAUCAGAGUGACAGGUAAUCUGGAUGGCGUAUUUCUUUCAUUAUUCAGCUUAUAUGGCAUUAUUCAUGCUACUUUUUACCACCUAUUAAUAUUUAAGGUCAGUAUCACUUUGACACUGUCAUUAGCGCCCUCGCCUACAGGGUCACUACAAGUAGAAGUGUGUGAUUGUGAUGUGCAAAUUCCAUUAGCAGAUGUAUGCAUUCAAUGUGGUGGUUUUAUAGGUGAUAUAGCCAAUCUGUUUUUCAGGGAUAGAAUUUCGGAAGCAGUACGAACUAUGCUGCCAGGGCAGAUAUGUCAAAUGGUACCAGACCUACUGACACAACGGUUAAAUCCACAACUUGCUCGUAUACCACAAUAUAUUCCAUUCUCACAAAUCUCGUCGUUUGCAAUGAGUUCUUUCGGACCGAGAGUACCAGCUUAUUGCUACUCUCCACAAUGUCAACCACGUCGAGAACCAUUGGCAGCAACAAAUGGUAAUGGCGCUUUUCCAUCAUCAUAUCCACCACGAGCAUUCGUUGCCAGUAACAAAGCUAUUAUGAUUAAUAAACCUGUGGCUAUAUCAAGAACAGCAAGCAAACUUAAUUUCCGUGGAAGAUUCGAUGCGCUAUCUAAUACAAAUGGAAACUUAAGAGUUCUAACGCAACGUCAACAAAAUGUUAUUCCAGCUCACAAUACUGCUACAAAGAACGUUAACGCACGUCAAACAGCAUCUUUAACACGGUCUAAACGAGAACUAAUUAGAGGAAUUACAAUUUCUGCUUCAGCAAAUACUUUUUCAACAAAUCCCAAACAUCUGGAGCGUUCCUCGCAAUCUAAGAUUCCGUUGGGUACUGUACUACGACGUGAUUCUUCUCUCAGGAAAUUGCCAGUACUUGGAACAAGGAAUGGGUCAACGUUACAUAAAAUGCCUGUUGUUGUUCAUGCUAGUACUAUAUAUGGUAAUAAUAUGCAAGCAGUUAAUGCAAUUGGUGGCUCUGCUGCACCAAAUGGUGGUAGUAUUUGUCCUGGAUGUCCAAAUAUUGCUUCUGAUCCAUUUGGUGGCAUUCGAAAUUCUCUUUUACAGCAAAUAAAUUUCAACAAAUUGGCAGAUGUAAUAUUAACAACUCAAAUAAUACAAACUUACGCAACACCUUAUGAUUUUACCUUGUGCUUGAAUGGCGAAUUCAGUCCUAGAGGAUAUGGUGGUACACCAUUUGGUGCAUUUCCUAUGAUGUGGCCAACUCCUAUCGGUUCACAAAUGCUAGAAGCAAUGAUUAGUGAUUUCACUAUCAACUCAUUAUUAUACUGGAUGCACAAGAAAAACUUUUUGAUAUUUCGUCUGGGGCAAGAAAUACCAGGCAUCGAAUCAUUGUUGGUGACAACUUGCGAUGAGGGUGAAGACGAUUUAGAUGAAGAGUUUCAAAAUGAAAUGUUGUUUAUCAGACUUGCACGUUUAAGCGAACGUCGUCGUCGUCGCCGUCUUCUUCGUCGUCUUCAUUAUCAACAACGUAAUAAACGUCAAACUGGAUCAGCUGAUUCAGGACUUAAUCUCUUGUCAAGUUUGUCAGAUUUGUCAGAUCUCGGAAUUUGCUUAGGGGAUAUUUUACCUGCUGUAAAAGAAGAAUAUCCUAAUCGAACAUUAGCAGUUUACUUCCGUUCAGCACGAGCACCUUCACUUAUGAUACUUUCUGGAGGAAACUUACAGAUAGAUAUACUUGCAUUUAUUGAGUUUUAUUUGGAUAGGAGUAGUACACGCGUUGGAAUCAUAACAGCUCAAAUAAUCAGCAAUAUUAUGGUUCACAUAUGGGGGAAUAAAAUUUACGGAAAUGCAACACUGCCAGUAUUGAAGCUGCAAGAUCGAGAAGGAACAUUAGGCUUACAGCAGGAUUCUUUAGAUAAUUUAGCAUCGUUGUUUAAAGAAGUAGCUUUAAAAGCAUUGAAUGAACAACUUAAUAAAGGUAUAUCAUUGCCAUUAUCAUUAUCAAAUCUUCCACUGAAUAUAGUGAAUCCACAAUUCCGGGUACUUAAUCAUGCCAUAUACAUAGGUACUGAUUUCACUGUUUCACCUUCAUUACUUUCAUAA